AUGAGCCGCCUUCCCUUGAGAUUUGCAGCAUUGAUCGUGUGCUUCUUCACGUUCCUACUGUUCUACUCCGGUUGGGUGAUACAGCAGCGCUCACUAAAAGCUCUCCAGCUCGCCAUCAAUCCCCACUCUGUGAAAAAUGAACAAUCAUCGCAAAAACCUAGCUUUAGGACCCAGACCGAUGGUGCUGCAAAAUCGGCAUGGGUAUUAGGCAAUAAAGGCAAUGAACGGAGGCUGGCAUACGUCCAAUAUGUAUCUUCGAAAGACGAGCUGUGCAACUCUGUAAUGAUCCUGGCGGAGCUGCAUAGGCUUGGGACCGUGGCGGAUAAGAUGUUGGUAUACCCACACUCCUGGAUUGCGGAUGAGAAGGGGAGAUGGAAUCGAUUGUUGAAGGUCGCAGAGCAGCGGUAUGAGGUGAUUGUUAAGGCAGUGGAGCCCCUGAUUGAAGCUGAAAAUACACCAGCAGUGUCACUGCUGCAUGCGUUUUCACAAAAAGAAUACAGUCGUAUCUUACACCUUGAUUCUAGAGGCAUGGUACUACGCAAUCUCGACGAGCUGCUUUUCAAUGCGCCUUCCACGCCCAUUGGCGGAGUCAGGUCAUACAACAAGGUCGCUGGGAACUCGCUUUCCGACCACUUACUCCUCAUCGAGCCCUCUGAGCAUGCACUCAACGUAGUGAAAUCAACAUUAACCAAAAACCCCUCAGCAGCCCCGAUAGAUGUUAUCAAUACACUCUACGCCCCAUAUGCCUUAAUACUUCCGCAGCACCCUUAUAAUACCAUCAUCUCCGAAUUUCGUGCAGUUGAACAUGAGAUAUAUAUAUCAGAUAGCUGGAGCCCGAGUAAGGUGCGGGACGAGAGCUACUACGUGAACUUUGAGGACGAUGAGGCGCCGGGGCCGUGGUAUGCUAUGCCACGGAGUCUGGUAGAUAAGAUUAGGCCGAAGAGAAAAGAAGAAGAGGGUGUGUGGAGAGAGCUGUAUGAGACUUGGGCUAGGAGGCGGAUGGAUGUGUGUGGACUAGACUUAGAGCCGUUGCCUUUGGGUGCCUUUUAA